AUGAAUGAGCUUGAACGAUGCCUACCAAAGCGGUGGACCGAGAAAGAGGACCAGACUCUGUACGAGGAGGCACGGUGUCAAAUGAGCACAGGCGAGAUCAAGGACGGGAAUCGAAUUGGCGCCAAACUGCCUGGCCGGAUCAACGAAGACUGCCGGAAACGGUGGAUCAACAAGGUGUGUGGAUUGCUGAAGAAAGGCGCCUGGGAGCCCGACGAGGACCAACGUCUCCACGAUGCGAUUUGCAUUCAUGGCCAGAAGUAUAUGGCUGAGCGUGUUACUAAGUAA